GCUGUGCUUUAACAAAAUAAAAAUGGAAGCCGACAACGAUGACAGCAUUCGAGAGCUCGAUCUUCCCGACUCGAGGACAAACCAUGGUAAAUCAAGAAGGUGUUGCAACUUUACCCCACAGACCCUGGUGUGCUUCAGCCAUGGUCUCUCAGCCUGGGGAGACCGAAUGUGGGAGUUUGCUGUGGCCCUGUACCUUGUUGAGCUGACUCCAGGCUCUCUGAGACUGACCGCUAUAUUUCAGUUGACGAGAACACUGUGUACCAUUCUUCUUGGUCCAUAUGUUGGAGCAUGGGUGGAUGCAAACCCUCGCCUUAAAGUUGCACAGAGGUCCCUAGUGGCACAGAAUCUAGCAGUUGCCGCAUCUGCCCUGAUUCUCCUUCUUAUCCUCUCCGUCAAGUUAUUCCAUGGCUUAUUUGUGCUUCUUGUCGGCCUAGCAAUAUUUGUGGCCUGCUUUUCUGUGCUGGCUGGUAUUGCAACUAAAAUUGCUGUUCAGAAAGACUGGGUUGUUGUCAUAUGCCAAGGCGAUAAAUCUCUUCUUGCAGGUACCAAUGCCAUAAUGCGGCGAAUUGACCUCGUCUGUAAGAUCUUGGCACCAGCACUCGUAGGGCAGGUCAUGACUUACGUGUCCAAAUCAGCCGGCGUCAUCCUUAUCGCCUCAUGGAACGUUUUAUCAGUCUUUGUUGAAUAUUUUAUGCUGUUGAGGGUAUACCACUCAGUACCAUCCUUGGCCCACAAGAAAAUUGACAAGAAACUUACCCAACAAGAAAAUCCUCAAGAAUCGCAGGAAGAAAUACGGGGAUCUAGGGAUAGGCUAGUCUUUAUGGAGACUGAGGGAGGGGACUCUGAGGCUUUGGUCUCACGUCCCGGAUCAGCCUUGCCCCAAAGCCCUCAGACUUCCCGUCCUAAACCAGGUAUUAUACAGCGCCUAAAGACCAGGAUCACCACCACCAAGUCAGUGUGGCAGGUGUACAUGCGCCAGGAGGUCGCGCGACCGGGUGUUGCCCUUGCAAUUCUGUAUUUUACAGUCAUAAGCUUUGGAUCUGUUACCACUGGCUAUCUCUAUACACAGAAUCUCAGUGAGUCUCUACUUAGUAUUCUUAGAGGUGUUGGCGCGCUGUUUGGAAUUGCUGCCACUUUCGUGUUUCCGAAGCUAAGAGACUCUAUUGGACUUGUGCGCUCGGGGUUGUUUUCAAUGUCUGCGCAGUUCAUUUGCGUAUUGUUAUGCUUGGGUGCUGUACUCGCGCCAGGAUCCCCAUUUGAGUUGCUUCCUGAUAGCUGGCGUUACCAUGGUAAUGUCAUCGCGCGUAACACGUCAACGACUGUUGCCAUUGGCAACUGUACUUUGAGUGGGUAUACUUUUACCCGUCAUCCACGUUUCAACCUUGAUUUAGAACUCAAUGCCACAGGAGCAGAAUCAAUUGGUCUUGAAUACAAUACAACUGUCGGGGUAUCUACCAUCCUCCCCUCCCCGUAUAGCCUCGAGACCACCGAUUUUGUCUCUAUAACCCCUCAUUUGUAUACGUCCGCUACUAAAUUGCCUACCGACGCAACUAUAGCGUCCUCAACUUUUGCCGCCAUCUUUACGCCUUCACCAACCAUCCUUGCCUCGGCAACUCUGUCAAGCUUGCACCCCUCAAACAGCUCAUUCCCUAACAACUGCACAUCCUACACCAAGCACACGGUCGUCAAAUCCUACAACUUCUCGUACGUCUCCGUGAUUUUGCUCCUCAGCGGGAUCAUUACGUCACGGUUCGGUCUGUGGCUGACUGAUCUCACCGUCACGCAGCUACAACAGGAAAUAGUUGCUGAGGAGGAAAGGGGACGCGUGGGGGCCGUCCAGAAGUCUCUGUGUUCAAUGCUAGACAUGGCCAUUUACGUGUUAGUUAUCUCGCUUCCUCUCCCGGAGCAGUUCGGCUACAUGGCCAUCAUAUCUGUGGCCGCUGUCGGAUUCGCCGGGAUCCUGUAUGCCUCGUUUUCGUACAAAGUGCGCGGUCAUUUGUUUCACCUUGAGAAGGUCAAAGGUUGUGGUUAUCGGAGAAAGCAUCCCACGGUUUCGCGGUCACCGGAAGUUUUGUCUGCGUCACGUGAUAGCUUAGGUAGGGAAAGGCAGGACGAAAAUGCUGGUGAUGAUGAUGAAAAAGAUAUGCUACAAGGUGUGAUGUCAACCAGAAAUGAGAAUUUCAAAUUCUGAAUGUGUUGCAGACGAACUAAUCACCGAUAUUAGUUAUCCAACAAAGCGAGCUACGUUAAUGGGCCACUUUCACGGCCCUUUCUAUGGUAGAAUAGGAAAGCUCGAAAAACAGUCAAAAUCAUGCAAAAUAACCAGAAUACGUUUCAGUUGAAUGUAGUAUUGCGUGGUUUGAACUUGUAACAUCGAGCGAUCCAGGUUUCGAUCCAGGCUACACGUUUACCGAAAGCAUGUGAAGUAAACCAACUAGAAAAUCACAAACAAGUUCCUUUUUUCGAUUUUGUAGAUUUAAAAAAAGAAAUAAAAUAAUUGCACCAAAUUAUAAACCAGAGCUGAAAACGAUAUAAACACUUUUUAUUUCAAUUUUGACCACCCAUAUUAUUCGAGCCAAAGUCAACUUUUUUUAUGACGAUGAGCCCCGUACGAACACUUCCAGCACACGAGGAAGUCGUACAAAUUCCUUGUUAUUGUAAAAACGUAGAAACUAAGAUAAAAGUCAUGCUUGUCGUAAUUUCUCUACAGAGGCAGUAAUAAUAAAAUGGAUGGUCAUAAUUCUAA